ACGGUGUAUGAAUCAUCGUGUAAAUUGCGCGCGCACGCAUUUUACGUUUUCUACGCGUUGAAGAAUUGCCAGAAUGCAUAUACAAUAAUACACGCGUGAAUGUCGCAGCGGCUGGUGAUUUGCGGGGAAGCGUUCGUUUUUAAUUGAAACGCGUCUGUCGUGCGGUCGCGCAUAUAUUGCGCAACGCAAAACUCGCGCGUCCCGUUAGCCACGCGCGCGGAAACGGAAAAUGGAAGGUGAACAACGUCAUUAUGAGCUGCGCAGCAGGAGUAGAUCACGCUCACAUACUCCUAUGGUCCCAAGCCAUCCUUUAGUUGAACUAGAGGUAACAGAACAUCAUUAUGAUCUCAGAAACAAGAGCAGGGAGAGAUCUCACACACCUGGAGAAGUCACCAGUAGCAGAAGAUCUGGUUCUAGAUCUUUAACUGGCACUAAUGUUAAAAUGCAUGAUAAGAGCAUGGGAAUAAUAGAAGAGAGCAAGGAAGGAUCUGUGACAGGAAGUAUCACAGAUAAUCAAAGCACAAAGUCAGAAAGUUCUAUCAUAAUCACAAAAAAACCAGAACGACGAUCAGAGCGUCAGAGAGCUAAAAGACAAAUAUUUGCUAAUGGUCAGAGUGAAAGCAAGGAGGACACGUUGGAUCAAAGUGCUGAGAGAAAGAGCAAAAGUGUUACACCACGCAGAAUACUUACCAGUGAUUACUCGUCAGAAGAAGGAGAAAGAGAAGAUCCUCCAAGUAGACCAGGAUCUGCUUAUGAGAUUUACAAACAGGCCGGUGACUGGUGGAACGUUUUUCCAAAGACAGAUUAUACGUAUUCUCAAGCAUCGAAAUGUCGUUAUGAGAUAGCCCCUGGUGUAUUAGCUAUGCCUAAUAUGUCAAGGCGAUCUCUACACGCGGAUAACAAUGGCAGCACUAUACCUCAGGUCAGUUAUCAAAAGUCAAGUGAAACUUCGCGAGGAACAACAGAAAGUGGAAUCAGUGACAUGGAUACAGUUGAUUUCAAAGAAACAGGCUCUUUAAUUGAUUCGUUCGGCGACAUGCCAUGCUCGUAUAAAUCAAAUUCUGCAGCAAAAUCGACUGUUUAUAAAAGAACACACAUAGAGCAGUACACAAGUCAUAAAGUAGUUUAUUCAGACCCUGGAUAUUCUUCGGAUUUUCAAACAAAAUAUUUUUCAUGGUGGACCCCUUCAAGAGUCACUGAGAAAUAUGCAUCUCGCGCUGAUUCUGAUACUGAAUUGGAUGAGACCUUCACAGCAUCAAAGUUAUCAUCAGUCCCGACUAACCGCAGAUGGAAGAUUGUGCAAUGGUUUACUUAUCUUACAACCUUUAUUGCUAUUUGGUUCCGGAAAACCAUCGAUUUCUUCAAGUUCAGAACAGAUAGGAGAAGGCAAUAUUACAGUGCACAAGCUUAUCAAUAUUAUAAUGAAUCCGAAUCCAAAUGGAGCGCAUUAUGGCAAGCUUUGGAUCGCUAUACGCACAACACAUAUUUUUUCUUCGUCAGAAUACUUGUACUUGAUGCUUGGCUGCUAAGUCGAUUUACCGGCGUUAGAAAUCGAUUGCGAGAAAAUGGUCCGAAGAUUCUUUGGAUUACGCUUCUACCGUUACUUCUUUUGUUUGGUGCAUGGUGUACAGCGCAAUGCUUAUCACUCCUUCCUGGCGUUAAAAUCGUGUCAGAUACAGCGACGGAGAAAUUAUUACCUCAUGUACAACAAUGGAACAGUUAUAAAAGUGGAGGUGAAGAGAAGAAAUUGACUUAUAAAGAAGCACCAGAAGAGAAUUUGGUUAAUAAACCUGAUUUGGUCGGGAGAAUAGAAAUACUCGAAAACGGACAAGCAUAUCAAAUGGAAUAUCUUAUGAAUAUUACUCAAGCUCUGGAAGAUCGUAAACAGAACGAUGCUGAUUUCCGAAGAGAGUAUAAUGACAAAAUUACUAAUGUGGAAAGUAAAUUGGAUGUCACUGAAGUAACUAAUAUAAUGUAUAACGAGCUUAAAAUUAUCAAACAUGAAUUUGAAAAACUACGUGAACUCUAUUCGGAAUUAAAAUCUUGUUGCAACAAAAAUGCAAUAUCUGUCGCGAAUCAGGAUAUAGAAAAGCACGUGGAAAGAAUUUUGUUUAACUAUCUCCCUCCUGGAAUUUCAAAAGAAGAUCUGGCGAAAAUCAGUCGGAAUUUACUCGCAUCUUACAACAAAGAAGCUCAAACUGUCUUUAAUAACGACGUUAGCAGUGCUAACGUUCACGUCUCGGAUGAGCACAUGCGCAAAAUAGUAAAGGAAGUUCUACGAAUAUAUGACGCAGACAAAACGGGUCAAGUAGAUUAUGCUUUGGAGUCAGCAGGAGGUCAGAUUAUUAGCACGCGAUGCACUCAAAAGUACGACAUAAAGUCGAGGGCCUUCAGCUUAUUCGGUUUCACGAUGUAUUACGAAAGUAAUAAUCCGCGGACGGUAAUACAAGGGAACACAAUACAACCUGGUAUUUGCUGGGCCUUCCAAGAUUUUCCUGGAUAUCUCCUGAUACAAUUGCGAAGCGUCGUUUACGUAACUGGCUUCACUUUGGAGCAUGUUCCCAGAUUAAAUUUGCCGAAUGAAAAUAUGUCGAGUGCGCCCAAGAGGUUCGAUGUCUGGGGAUUUAUAAGUGAAAAUGAUUCCAAGCCUGUGAUGUUUGGUGACUACGAAUUCACAUAUUCUGAUGAGAGUUUGCAAUAUUUCCCAGUUCAGAACACAGAGAUCAACAAACCAUACGAAUACAUCGAGUUGAGGAUACACAGCAACCACGGACAACUGGAUUACACGUGUUUAUACAGAUUCCGUGUUCACGGACGACCGAUUUAGAAAACAAUCGAAUAUCGCAAAGGUUCCUUUUUACAAAACGUUUACAGAGAUCGUUCAAACAAUAAUGAGAACGAGCCAGGAUUCUUCUCUGACAUGUGCCUUUACAACUACCGUUAUUAAUAAGCACUACAAUCGGUGCGAUUUAUCGUAGCAUCUGUAUUUAUAUUGUGAAUAUAUUAACUAUUUAAUGUUUUUGUACUAAAAAUUUCCACAAAGCAAUACAUAUUCAAAUACUUCA